AUGUCUUUCUUAAAUAAAAGUAAAAAGGCAGACCUAAUCUGUCUAGCAGAAGAUUUAGGUGAGUCGCCAGACGAAACCAUGUCUAAAGUAAUUCUGAAAGAAUUAAUUUUAGCUAGUAAACAUUAUAACGAGGAAGAGGCAAAAGAAUAUUUAGAAGUUAUCGUAGCUGGAAGGUUAGAACAGGAACAAAAACUUGAAAAUGAAAAUAAACUAAAACAAGAGAGGGAAAAGGAAAAGUUCGCACUCGAAAAACUUCGUCUAGAAGUGGAAUUAUCCAGGAUCAAUCAAAAUUUGGUUCAAAAUAGUGAUCAAGUCGUGCGUGCAAAAUCAUUAGAUGAAAUAGUUAGGAUGGUUAGGCUCUUAACAGUUAAAGUUCCUAGUAAGUCAGACGGAUGGGACUAUUUCUUUUCAAGCUUAGAAAAGGCAUUUGUAAAUGAAAAUGUUAGUGAUGAAUUUAAACCAAAAGUGUUGCUUUAUUUAUUAGGAGACAAAGUGUCUAAUUUGUUAGUUAAUAUAGAAGAAAGCGAAUUAAAAAAUUAUGAAUCUUUGAAGAAAAUAGUAUUACAGGAAUACGAACCUUCACCGAAAUUGUGUUUAGAAAAUUUUCGCAAAGCUAAACGUAACAACGAUGAAACAUUUUCUCAAUUUGCAUCUCGGUUAACAUCCAUGUGGGUGUAUUAUUGCAAAUCAAGGGGUGCUAGUGAUUUUGAGACUGUAAAUCAACUCAUUGUAGCAGAUAAAAUGUUCCAAACAUUGGAUUCCGAAACGGCAACCCAUAUAGGUGUGCUACAGGGGGAAAGUUGGUUUAAGCCAAAGGAAAUGGGUAAACGUUGUGAUGUAUUCUAUGCAUCCAAGGGUAAAUCCUAUGACGGGUCAGUGAGAGCCAAAAGAAAUGAUUAUGAUGAAAGAGGUUUUCAGGGUAAUUGGGGAAAACAACAGUUCAAUGAGAAGAAGACCGAUAAUAGUAAUUUUUGCCCUAAGAAAAAUUUUGAAAAAUCAAAAAUCACAGAAGUUAGAAAGCUAACUUGUUACACUUGUGGCUCCGAUAAACAUUUUAGACGAGAUUGUCCGAAAAUUAAGGGAGCAGACUAUAAAAAGAUUAAGGUAAACAAGGUUUCCGCUGAGGGUGCAGAAGCAGAAUCAAAAGGGGAAACAGUAGCUGCUAGGGUGGAUUUACUCGGUAAGGUAAUUCCUAGGCAUGCUAUUGAAGACAAACUUUGUAAAUUGACAAAGGUAUCUGUCAGUGUAGCUGGGAAACUAGCCGAAGCAUUAGUGGAUUCUGGCACGGAAAUUACAGUUGUCAAAAGGGACUUAGUUCCUGAAGUUUCAGUCGAAGGUGCUUCUACAAUAUAUUUGAAGGGUAUUUUUGGUCCGGCGGUUAAAUGUCCUUUAGUGUACGUUCCGUUAAGUCUUGCUACUGGUGGCCAAGUUAAUGUGGUGCAUCAGCAAGUUUUAUGUGCUUUAGUAGAUGUUUUGGUGGAGGAUGUGUUGCUUCCACCGGAUAUUCUAAACAUGUUGGGAGGGGCCCGGAGUGAAGUAAAUUCACUGGCUCAGAACUCUCAGGAAUUGAGGGGUGAUCUGCAGGAGAAAGCACAGGAUAGCAUUAUCUUUGAGAAAACUCAAAGUGAAAUUACUUCAUGUGGGAAUGAAGUGAGAACGGUUAAUAAUAAGGAUGAGAAAGUAACCACUGAGACGGUUAAGGGAAGCAUGGUCGCUGAUACUUUUCGCUCUGAGCAGGAACAGUGUGUCGAAUUAGCAACGGCUUGGAAGCAUGCUAAAGAAGGCAAAAGUAACUACUAUGAGGUAGACGGUUAUCUGUUUCACAGAGACAAAAUACUCGGGGAGAGUAUUGGGCAACUGGUAAUUCCAAAGUGUAGACGCGGUGAGGUACUCAGACUUGCUCAUACCUCAGUGUUUAGUUGUCAUAUGGGUUCUAAAAAGACUCUAGAACGAAUCAAGUACUCUUUCUUCUGGGAAGGUAUGCGGACGGAUGUCAAAAAAUUUUGCGACUCAUGUAAAGAGUGUCAACUCACUCAGACUGUUAAAACUAGUGACAGAACGCCAAUUACGCCUGUCGUGAGGCCUGAAUUAUCAUUUCAGGUAGUGAAUGUAGACCUGAUAGGUCCAAUUGAUCCUCCUAGUGCGAAAGGACAUAAAUACAUAUUAUGUCUGGUUGAUCAACAUACUAGGUGGGGCGAAGCCAUACCGUUGACUAGUCUGAAUGCUAAGGCAACAUGUGAAGCUUUGUUAAGUAUAUUUUCAAGGACAGGUAUUCCUAAUGUUAUCGCGUCUGAUAACGGGACCAAUUUCACGGCAGAACUGACUAAAGAGUUUGAAAAACGAAUAGGGAGCAGUCCAAGAUUCUCUACCCCUGGAUAUCCACAAUCAAAUGGGGAAGAAGGUAGGGGAUGGCAUUUACAAAUUCCUUAUGUGCUGUGGGCGUACAGAGAAAUACCUCAUUCAACUACAGGUGUGUCGCCAUUUCAGUUACUCUAUGGUAGACCACCACAAGGUCCUUUGUCUAUCCUAAAAUCUACUUGGACAGGAAAAUUUAAUAAUGUACAAUUAAAUAGUACUUCCGUUUCCAAAUACCUGGAAAAUUUAAAAUCAAAACUAGAGAAGGCUGCAGAGCAGGCUAAGCUUGUUUCAGCAGUACAACAGGAAAAUGCGGCGUAUUAUCACAAUUUAAGAUCGUCUAACCGAGUGUACAAAGUUGGAGAUCAGGUGAUAGUAUUAAUACCUGAUUCGACUAAUAAAUUAUUUGCCAGAUGGCAAGGUCCUGCAACUAUCGUUGAGAAACGUAAUCCCCAUUCUUUUUCAGUUAAAAUGUCGGAUGGUUCUACCAAGCACAUUCAUCAAAAUAAGUUAAAACAUUACAUAGCUAGUGCUAACUCUAUAAAUGUCAUUUUUGAGGAAGAAAAAGAAUUCGGGCAUGUUGAAACUUUACCAACCGCUACCAAAGAAUCUAAAUUUUUCGAAAUUCUUGAUAAUCUUGAAAUUAAACAUGUAGACAAUUCUCAGUUAGAAACUCUUAAAAAUUUAAUCGUUAAAUUUAAACGCAUCUUUACUAAACCCGUGCAACCAGCUGCGGUUGGCACUCAUAAAAUUGAACUAUUGCCCAAUACGGUACAGAAAAAGCUUCAUUGUUAUAGUGUUCCUAUUGCAUACAGAAAGGAAGUUGAACGUCAAGUUCAAGAACUUUUAGAAUUAGACUUGAUAGAACCUUCGGUAUCCGAAAUUGCUCAUCCGAUUGUUUGCGUUGCUAAAAAGGAUUCUUCAUUGAGAAUGUGCAUUGAUUUUAGAGCAUUAAAUGCAGUCACCAAAGUUCCAGUCUUUCCCAUGAAAGAUUUGCAAGAACUGAUAUUCACUGCAGGGUCAGGCCAUUGGUUAAGUAGCUUAGAUCUUUUAAAGGGAUAUUGGCAAAUAAAAAUGGACGAGGAAAGUAAACGGUUGACGGCGUUUGCUACGCAUAAUGCUGUGUACCAGUGGAAGACCAUGCCUUUCGGUCUGGCGGGAGCAUCUGGUACUUUUCAACGUGAAAUGAACCGUGCCUUGAAAUCUCAUUCAGAGUAUGCGCAGGCGUACAUGGAUGAUGUAGUCAUUUAUUCUAGAUCUUUUAAAGAGCAUCUGUUUCAUUUAAAACUUAUACUGACAGAAUUAGAUGAAUUAGGAUUUUCUGUACGGCUGGAUAAAUGUACUUUCGCCACCAAACAAAUAAAAUAUUUAGGCCAUAUUAUAGGUGGAGGUAGACAUGGUCCAGAUAAAGACAAAAUUCUAGCAAUACAGAAAUUAAUUAGACCUACGACUAAAAAAGAGGUCAGGUCCGUAUUAGGAUUAAUGGGAUUUUACCGCACAUAUAUACCAAAAUUUGCGGAAAUAUCCACUCCACUCACGGAAUUAACCAAGAAGAAUAAGCCAAACAAGGGAAGUUGGGGAGAAGAAGAACAAAACUCGUUUGAGAAACUGAAAGAAUUACUCUGUGAGGUUACUAGUCUUGCUACCCCUGAUGCCAACUUGCCAUUCCAGAUACACUGUGAUGCAUCUGAUCAUGGUGUAGGAUGCUGUUUAACUCAGCAAGAUGCUGACGGGUCUUACAAACCAAUAGGUUUUGCCAGCCAAAAAUUCAACGCUGUACAAAAGAACUGGGCAAGCAUUGAGAAAGAGGCUUGGGCAGUGCUAUAUGGUCUGAAUAAAUUCGAUAAGUGGAUUUAUGGUGCUAAGGUGGAGGUCAUAUCUGAUCACAAUCCUCUUAAAUAUCUGAACCAAACCACUCCUAAAAGUCCAAAGCUAACCCGUUGGGCUCUAACUCUACAAAGGUGGAAUCAUUCCAUCACACAUAGACCUGGUGUACAGCAUCGAGGUGCGGACGCUCUAUCACGACUGAAAUAA